AUGUUUAGUAGAUAUGGGACUGUUGUUGACGUCUACAUAGCAAAGAAGUUGAAUCGGCUUAAAAGAAACUUUGGGUUUGUCCGAUUUAUUCGGGUCCAGGACUGUGCUUCAUUCGAAAAACGUCUCAAUGAGAUCUUCAUUGGAGCUCAAAAACUAGAGGCAAAUGUUGCAAGAUAUCAAAGGGCUGACAGCUUGAACCGAGCAAGAAACCUUCAUCCCACAAGAAGACAAAAACCAGACCCAGUUCCAGACUCAGCAAUGAAUACACGAAGGCAAGGGAGGUCGUUCGUCGAGGUGGUCAAGGGAGAAAUGUCAAGUGCAGGUAAUGAAACGGGGGAGCCAAGUAAAGUAGUGACCGGUUCAAGAAAAACAAUAAAGAUGCUAUCCAACCCGGAGUCAGUAGAUGUCAUGAAGAACACAUUGGUGGGGACAGUAGAAAAUCUCCAAGACUUAAUGAACGUGAAGGCUUUCCAAGAGGUAGAGGGAUGCCCGUCAAUGAAUAUGAGGUACUUGGGGGGUCUAAAGAUGCUGCUCGAAUUCGGGAAUGAAAAGGAGAAAGAUGAGUUCCUGUAUAAUGGGAAAGAGAUAUGGAAGUCGUGGUUCAAAGAGGUCUAUAACUGGGAUGCAGGAGAGAAUUUCAAUGAAAGAAUUGCUUCACUAAUCAUUCAAGGAGUGCCACAGCAUGCUUGGUGUGAGGAUGCUUUCAACGUCAUUGCUAGUACAUGGGGGGCGGUGGUAAUUCCGGAAGAAUGCAAUACAGAUUCUCCUAAUCUGCCUUUCGGUAGAGUGGGAAUCCUCACAACCCAUCCCGGAACCAUAAGCUCUUCCAUCAAAAUCAUGGUAGACGGGAAACCCUACUUGAUUAACAUUAUGGAGGAUACAUUUGAGUCCCUGAAACUUAAUCCGGUCCUUGCUGUAAACGAUUUCUACCAAAGGAUGUCGUGGUGGGAUGAGGCCAGUAAAAGUGACAAUGGUAGUCUCAAUAGUGAAAAUUCAAACCGAUCUGAAGAUAGUCUCCCGUCUCCGCGAGCAUCGCCGGCAAAGACCCAGCAAGUGCCGGACGUCUAUCCGGCGGUGUAUGGGGAAGAGUGGAAUCAGAAUGUGAAUGGGGAAGUGGAAGAGACGCAAAGUUUGGCGGCCGAUGAAACUCCUCGAUCCUACCAACCUGUGGAAAAAAGUAAGGAAGAUGUUUCGCCGGCAUUCCUGGGUGUAGGUCAGGCCCCAUCCGGAUCCGGUGCUUCGAAUACCCGGCAAAAGGUACAGGCCCAAUUUCCCCCCGCUUCGUCCAACCCGAACUCCACUCAGCCCAAUAACAAUCACCCAUUGGACCUUAAUAUAGCCCCAACACUUUCAAACUCGUCUGGGAACAUUGAUUUAUACUCCGAGUGUAAUUAA